UGGAGCUGCUGAUCUGCGCUCUGCUGUUAUUCUUUUUCACCAUCAUUGUGUCUCUUCUCUCCACAGAGAAACGCGGAGACGCGCAGAGGCAGAGCGAGGAGCUGGAAUGAGAAACAAAUAACAGACGCGCAGCUCAGCGCCCCAACUAUGGCUCCAACGACGCUCGUCAGAACGCUCGCCCUGUCCGCCUCGCAGGAGCCGGCUGCAGUGCGCGAUGAGAGCUCUUUUUUUGCUCCAGCAAGUGUAAGACCAGAAUAAAAUAUAUAUCACCUGACAGGCUGCCCUCCCCUCGGGGGCGCAGAAACAGACACCCUCGCUCUUCUCAGCCUGGAAAGUGGAGGCUGGAAGCGGCUCGUGCGUACAGUGCGCCUCCUUUCCAGAACUCUCCACUCAGCGUUUUCUACUGGAGAUCCAGCACACGCCUGUCCUCUCUCAGAGCAACUUGGGAAAACUUUGGCCCCUGGAUUACCUCCUCAGAGCCUGUUAGUGUUGUGGUCUCCAUGGUGGGAGCGCAGUGAGCAUCGCGCGCUCGGCUGUGAGGUCUGGAGCCUCGGUGUGAUCCUAUUAAAAGUCCUGCAAAGUCUCUCAAAGUCCAGGAGCCAAGAUGCCGGUCCGGAGGGGCCAUGUGGCUCCGCAGAACACCUUCCUGGACACCAUCAUCCGGAAGUUCGACAGUCAAAGUCGCAAGUUCGUCAUAGCCAAUGCGAGGGUGGAGAACUGCGCCAUCAUCUUCUGCAACGAUGGCUUCUGCCACAUGUGUGGCUACUCGCGAGCUGAGAUCAUGCAGAAACCGUGCACGUGUAACUUCCUGUACGGACCGGACACCAAGCGACUGGCCAUCGCUCAGAUGGCCCAGGCCCUGCUGGGGUCGGAGGAGAGGAAGGUGGAGAUCAGCCUUUACCGCAAAGAUGGUCAGAGCUUCCUGUGUAUGGUAGACGUGGUGCCAGUGAAGAAUGAGGAUGGCUUGGUGAUCAUGUUCAUCCUCAACUUUGAGGUCAUGUCAGACGAUACACUUCGAGAUCGCAAAGAGGAGCUCAACCACCGCCUGCCUACCUGGCUUGUUACUGGUCGUCCACGGGGCUUCAAGCUGCGUCUCCCACUGCUGCGCUCCUUGUCCAACAGCAAAGUGUCUCUAGGUGACGCAGAGGCCGGUCAAAUCCCUACUGCUACACCCCUGCACCCAGACCACAGUCCUGAGUCCUUGGGCCUGGGGGAGUUCCUGCCCCUUCCCCCUUUACCACCAGACCAACAGGAGCAACUCGGUGGAAGCAGGUCGGCUCUUCAGAGUUGGCCAGAAGACCGCCAGGAGGACCACCGCACCUUACUGGGCACUGACCCUCCUGUACCCCCACCCCCACCUCCUCCUCCUCCCCACAGAACUCACCUGUCGGGUCCCCUCACCCAGUCAUCACCCUGCGUAGCACCACACCACCGCCUCAGCCUCAACCCAGACGGUUCAGGCUCCAACUGCUCUCUGUCGCACAGCCGCUCACGGGAGAGCUUCCACAGCAUGCGUCGGGCAUCCUCUGUAGACGAGAUCGAGGCCAUGAGGCCGGACUGGGACCGGAAGAAUCGGAGAGCAAGUGUCCGGCAGGGCAGCAGCAGUACAGGUGCAGUUAAUAGCAAGUCUAACAUCUUAAACUCCACGUCGGACUCAGACCUCAUGCGGUACCGCACCAUAUCCAAGAUCCCUCAGAUAACGCUCAACUUUGUGGACUUCAAACCUGACCCUCUCAUUGCUCUGCCCUCUGGAGAGAUGGACAUCAUCGCUCCCUGCAAACUCAUCGAUCGCACGCACAACGUCACAGAGAAAGUCACACAGGUGCUGUCUCUCGGUGCAGAUGUGUUGCCAGAGUACAAGCUUCAAGCCCCUCGCAUCCACAAGUGGACAGUGUUGCACUACAGCCCCUUCAAGGCGGUGUGGGACUGGCUCAUCCUGCUGCUGGUCAUCUACACCGCCAUCCUGACGCCCUACUCAGCCGCAUUCCUCCUCAGUGACCAGGAAGAGGCAGCCAUGCAGAACUGUGGUUACUCCUGCUCUCCUCUCAACGUGGUGGACCUCAUCGUGGAUAUCAUGUUCAUUAUCGACAUUCUCAUCAACUUCAGGACGACAUACGUGAACUCUAAUGAUGAGGUGGUGAGCCAUCCGGUGCGUAUUGCCGUCCACUACUUCAAAGGCUGGUUCCUCAUCGACAUGGUGGCUGCCAUCCCCUUUGACCUGCUCAUUUACCGCAAUGGAGAGGAGACCACCACUCUGAUUGGUCUUCUGAAAACGGCUCGUCUCCUGCGGUUGGUGCGAGUAGCCAGGAAGUUGGACCGCUACUCGGAGUACGGUGCAGCUGUCCUCUUUCUCCUCAUGUGCACUUUUGCUCUCAUCGCUCACUGGCUGGCCUGCAUAUGGUAUGCCAUAGGGAGUGUAGAGAGGAAUGGAUCCAUUGGUUGGCUCCACACACUGGGGGACCAACUGGGGAAACACUACAACGACUCCAUACCAGGUUCAGGACCGUCCAUCAAAGACAAGUACGUCACGGCUCUGUACUUCACCUUCAGCAGCCUGACCAGUGUGGGCUUUGGAAAUGUGUCACCAAACACCAACUCUGAGAAGAUCUUCUCCAUCUGUGUCAUGCUCAUUGGAUCCCUGAUGUACGCCAGUAUUUUUGGGAAUGUGUCAGCCAUCAUCCAGCGGCUGUAUUCCGGGACAGCCCGCUACCACACCCAGAUGUUGAGAGUGAGAGAGUUCAUCCGCUUCCACCAGAUCCCCAACCCGCUUCGGCAGAGGCUGGAGGAGUACUUCCAGCACGCUUGGUCGUACACGAACGGCAUCGACAUGAACGCUGUGCUGAAAGGUUUCCCGGAGUGUCUCCAGGCAGACAUCUGCCUCCAUCUGAACCGGACGCUGCUGCAGAACUGUAAGGCUUUUAAAGGCUCCACCAAGGGAUGCCUCAGGGCAUUGGCCAUGAAGUUCAAGACCACCCACGCGCCCCCGGGGGACACACUGGUGCACGCAGGGGACGUCCUCACUGCUCUGUACUUCAUAUCCAGGGGAUCCAUAGAGAUACUGAGAGGAGACGUGGUGGUGGCCAUCUUAGGGAAAAAUGACAUUUUCGGUGAGCCCAUCAACCUUUACUCCAGGCCAGGUAAAUCUAACGCCGAUGUGAGGGCUCUGACCUACUGUGACCUCCAUAAAAUCUUAAGAGAAGAUGUUCUGGAGGUGCUGGACAUGUAUCCUGAGUUUGCAGACAAUUUCUGGAACAACCUGGAAAUCACCUUUAACCUCAGAGAUACCAACAUGAUCCCAGGCUCUCCAAGCAGCGAUGAGUCAAACUGUGGGGGAUUCAACAAAUUACGCAGACGCAAGUUAUCAUUUCGAAGACGUACAGAAAAGGAUGAUGCAGAUGCUGGAGAAAUUAAAAAGUCUCAUAAGUCUGUGAGAAGAAGACAUAGAGAAGCAGCAAACAACCAAAAACAGGAAGAGGCACCGAAACGUCAGUGGGAGACUCAUCGAAGCUCAGUGUCUUCACACUCCAGUGGUGAUGAGGGGGAGGAGCCAUCUGUGGCCAGACUCGCACCUCCACCAAUGCUGGAGAACUCUCACGCUCAGGCCCCGCCCAUGAAUUUUAACGAGAACACAGAGGGCGAUGGAGACCCAAAGUCUGGGAACACCUGCAACGCCCUGUCAGGUGCAUUCUCAGGUGUGUCCAACAUCUUUAGUUUCUGGGGGGAGAGUCGGGGGGCUGGUCAGUACCAAGAGGUUCCCAGCUGCAGUCUGGCAUCACCGCCGCCCCUCAACACACCGCUGCACAGCCUGAGCCGGCAGCAGCGCAACCAGCUGGACACACGCCUGGACCUGCUGCAGAAACAGCUCAACAGAUUAGAGAGUCGCAUGUCAACAGACAUUGGAGCCAUCAUGCAGCUGCUGCAGAGACAGAUGGCCCUGGUUCCUCCUGCCUACAGCGCCGUCUCGUCACCGCCUCAGGCCUCAACUUACCCAGGUCCGGGUCCAGGUCCAGGACCGGGCUCAGGAGAGAGACUAGUGCAGUCUGUUACACCUCUGGAGACAGACACACUGGCCUCUCUAUCACAGAUCUUGGAUUCCCAGGACUUCGAAGAGUUCCCGGCCAAGCCUCUGGACUCCCUGCAGCCCCAGGACUCAUCUCUGAUCAACAGCAGCCAGGGCCAGCUCGCCCCCUCUGGACUGGAAAGCUUAGGGGAGAACCUGGAGCUGGAGCUGGGACUGGGGACAGGGACUGGGGUGAUUCCAGGACCAGCAGUAGGUUCGACUUUAGCGUUAGAUUUAGGGAGUGGGGCAGCGAUGGGGUCGAGCUUAGGCGCGGGGUUAGACUUUGGUUCAGGGGUGUGUGGGGGAGCUGCUGGAACAGGGGUUUCUACUCUGGAUGCUGAAACCCAAAGGAGGCUGUCUCUGCAGGAACCACAGACACCUCUGGACUCACGGACACCUCAGAGACACAGCUCUGACCCAGGAGGAAGCUAAGGAAGAGGGGAAGGGGGGAGGAGAGUGGGAUGGAAAGAGGGAUACAGAGAGGAUGUAUCCCUCAUCAAGAGACUAAGAAGCACCUCUACUGUAUCUACAACCCUUUAGGGACCCCAGCUGCUCUAACUCCUCUGCUAAAGCUUCUGUUCUCACCUCUGAAGAAAGGACGUGAAUCCAGGUGAGGGAUCAAGGAAAAAGAUGACCUCUCUCUCUCUCUCUUCCACAAGCCUUACCCUCCUCAUGAAUCAUCUGGAGCUUUCUGGACUCCACAACGGUACAACCUUUAACCAAAACCACAGACAGAGCAGAGAGAAGCUCUGCUUCUUAACAAACACACACUGAUCUGGUGCGCUGAGGAUGUCAGAUCUUCACACACAUAAAUGACUGCUGAGCUGUUGAAGAAUCCCUUUACUGCUGAAUCCAGCUUUGGAUGACCGACGAGAACAAGAACAGACAGCAACGGACAGAACCGUGAUGAAACAAGUAGCCAUUUACGUCUUGCACUGAAAAUCCUAUUGAUACAAUGAUUAUUCUCUUCUCUAUGUCCGAGGCGCUUCCGAUAAACUGUCAGACUGGUUGGUAAACUGUAGUGUUAGCUGGCCUAACAGAAAACCUGCUGUCCCGUUCUGUUAUUGGUUCCUCCUUCCUGAUGUCCCGCCCUGAGAGGCGGAGCUGAUACCGUCUCCCCUUUCCCAAGAGCACACUGGAUUGGCUGGUUUGCACCUCAGGGGUGGGAACUGGAGGGUUUAAAGCCAUGAAUAUUCUCGAUGAACAUAUCAGCUGCCCUAUUAUAAACAUUGUACUGAUUUGCUAAUGAGUGAAGAGCGUAUGGCAUGCUCGGGCAGCGUCAAAAACAGGUAAACUGGCAAACUUACAAGUUUACCAUGAGAACAGAGCACCACAAAUAAUUAUAAAUACUCAAACAAGCAGGAAACACAGCUAACUAAUUUAUGAGCUAAGAGAAGUGACUUUAAAACGAACCAGAGAAGUGAAAUGCUAUGAUAAAUGCCUGCUUUGAUUCCUAAAAAUCACAGCAUGUGUAAGAAGGAGUGAUUCUAGUUGAGUUGAAUUUGCUACCUCAGAUUUCAUUGGUCCUUACUUUGUUCACCUGAUCAAGCACCCAGAAUGCUUUUAUCUUGUAAAUACCAGUUUGUUGUGAUUCGUAAAUAUUCAAGUUUGCCAGUUUACGACGACCAGCCGAAUGCGCCGUUAUUCUAUGUAAGGUACAAUAUGCAAACACUGUCAAGAAGAGUGUGUGCGCUUUAAGUUCAGGUCCAAAGCUUUUUAUGCGUGUUUGUCUUUGUUUGGUUUUGUGUUUCAGUCUGCAGAGCAUGGCGUUAGGUUUGUUUGCUUUCACACACUGUAGAGCUCCACUGGAUUUAACAAAAGUUGCCCCAAACUAACUUUUAAGGACGUUUUAGUGAGAUUGUUUUGGUUUUUACAAUAGAUAGCACAAAAAACCUUCACAAUGUAGGCUUUUAAUACCCAGAGGUCAUUCAAGAUUUUUCCUGGGAAAAAGAUCCAGGAACAAAUAAACAACAAUACCAUCAUUUUUAACAGACUAUUUUCCCUGGGAUUUGCAAUAACUUAAGAUAUCAAACCUUGAUGAUGGAUGAGAUGAACAUAGUGUUGUCGUGCCACUGUUAAGAUGGUGUAAGAGUGAAGUCAGAAUACCUCAGGGCAGAAAGAGUAUGAAACAAUAAGAGCAGGUACAAUUAAGCCCCCCAAUCACAUUAAAAUUUAACUGAUAUCCAGAGGCAGCUGGUGUACUAAUCUUCAGGUAGGUGGGAUUUUCCACAGAUAGAACAGGAAGCUCAUGCACCUUAGUUUAUUAGCUUGGCAUAAAAAUUUAAAGUCAGCCAUAUCAGACCAAUGCAAAAGAGAAAAUCACAUCAUGGACUGGGAGAAACUCUAGACUUACCACUGAUUGAUCAGGGAAGCCAUCGAGGGCCUGUAGGACUAUGAACCAGGACGAGGGGGCUUACAUAUGUUACCCCACACCUGGGGUGCUAUCCUCAAGAUGCUGCGAGACGGCAGAGGAGUUGUCGUCCUCAAGACCACAACUGUAUGAAAUCACCUGAGACACUUCACAGCAACAUCAUGUGACUCUUCCUAGGAAGGCCAUUUCAAGGUUAUAAGAAACUCUACUAGUCUGUCACUUAGAAAACAGAAAAGAAAAAAAAUAAAAUAAAAAAACAUAUAUAAACUGCCUUUAAUGGGCUGGCAGACUUAGCUUCAUAUAUGGUAAUAGUAACUGAAAACAACUAUUUAUCUGGUAACACUAAACAAUAUGAAUCUGAAACGUCAUUGGGUAAAAAUGAGUCUUACUACUUGUUGACAAAGUAGUAAAUGAGUAACUAAUGAAUAGGUAAUACUAAAGUAUCAGUCAAUCAAUAGAUCAAAAGAGGGUAGGUCUAGACCGUUCUCUUUAAUGUACACCAACGCUAAUCACAUGAGCUAAGCACAAGCAGUAUUUAGCCUCACUACAGUGGCGACAUAAACUUUCCCUUUAACGGGCACGAAUGUUGAGCAGAACCAGCCUCAUGCUGACAGCAAUCCACUGAAGCCACGCUGGCGUCAGAAGGGGCUAGUGGGUUGGGAAGGAGCAGUCGGGAGAAAGGGGGAUGCAGGAAGAGGGACAAGAGAAACAACAAAACAACAAAUGGAAGGCGGAUUUACAGCUAUGAUGGCCUUAAACUUAUCUCUCAUUUUGUAGGAUAAGGCUAUAACAUCAGUAAUGAUGGUAGCAACAUGUGAAGAAUUAGCACUAACAACCACGUUUAAUGGAAACAGAACAACGAGAUAUUAGCAUCGGCAGCUAGGAUGAUAAUGAAAUAUGUAUUGAUAAUGUUCUAUGCUAAUUUAACCUUAGGUUGAGUAGCAGUUAAUUCCUUUCCUUUCACGGUUUAAUAGUUGUUACACAUUUGUUACCAUUUGUUUCUUUAAAGUCUGUAACACAACAGCUAAGUUACUGGUCAAAAGCUGGUGUUCAGUGUGAAUUCAGGCCGAAUAUUUAUCAAAUCAAGGAGGGAACUAGGACACCCUUCACUUAUUUACACUCAUGAAGUGAGUGGUAGAGUUUGCUGCAGUGCUUAGGCUGUAAAAUAAGUCUAUUUAGAAAAAUAUUAAAUUGUUUUUCUUGUAGACUUGUAGGUUCAGUUGCAACUCUAGGUUCCAGCAAAAUUUAAAACAAUAUGCUCAUUCAUUGUAUAAGAAAGGGAGAGGUUAACUCUGCAUGUACACCAGCUGACCCUGCAUAUCCUUGUUUCCCAUAAGAGGACAUUUCUACAAACCUUAACCUUUUAUUGGACUUUAAUUAUGUGCAGGAUGAGGGGAAAUAACAGCCCAUGAUUAAUAAUUGUCUUCCCUGACGUACACUUAAAUGGACAGACCCUUCACUUGCACACACACCCCCGCCCCCCCAACGUUAAGAUUCGUACCCUGGAGGGAAACCACGUUGAAGUGCAAUAGUCCUUUAAAGAGUUCCCUGUUGUAGCAGCCUCUGUUCAUUUGAGCACUUUAUUUCUUAAACAGUGCAGAUGUUUAAUAAAGACUCAGGAACGUGUCGUUGAUGUUGACGAAGGUUUUUUUCUUUUUCUCAGAACUCAAAACCAACCAAUCAAUAUGAAGGAAGAAAACACUGAAGGAACUGUACAUUAACAGAGUAACUUUUUCAACUCUGUCCAGAUUUCCCCUUUAAACGCAAACUUUUGAAGAUUGUAUUUUGCUGCUUGCUGGUCUAAGCUACUGUAUUUAUUUAUUGCUGUAGGAUUUUACUGUUUGUCUGUGGAUUUACCUGCUAUGAUUUAUUUUUUGUUUUGGGUUUAUGAUCAGCUCAUGAGGUGGAGCGAGUGAAGGCGAUGAGUGUAAACAUGUUUCCAGUGUCAAUGUGCUCUUUUUUUGUUAUCAUACCCUGAAAUGUGUACCCAUGCAACCUUUCUUGUUAUUUAUUCAAUAUUUAAGGGAUGAAGUGUUAGGGGAGCAGUACACCUUAUUUAAUCAUUAAUAACACUAAACAGAUUCAUGCACAAGCCACCAUAAAUACAUAUGUGCAUGCAGCCUGUUUAAAUUUUCAUAGAGGUGUCAAUGCUGAAAAAGCUUUCAGUAUCAACCAAAGCUAGCUAAUGCUGAUACCAAUAAUCACUGGUGACAUUUUAAAUUUACAUUUGAUUCAGUUCCUGUAGUGAAGAAAAUGUUUGGAAAGUUUCUGAGAAAUUGGCUUUAUGAGUUACAAAUGCAGCUGGAUUUUGUGUGAUUUUAAAGUUCGACCAAAAGAUAUUUUUUAGCGACAUUUUGGAGCAAAAUCAGAUUAAGUAUUAGUGCCAGGCAUUGGGGUAAGAGUGAUGGGUAAAACUGACUUUAAGUAACAGUAGCAGAUAUGAAAAAAGAAAAAACUGUAAUUCUGAAAACUAAGACUUAAUGAAAUUCACCCCACAAUAGGACUGUCCACAUGAAUGUGUUAAUCUCAUAUCAUCAUGAGAUUAAGGUCCAAUAUAUAUUCAUUCAACUAUUUUAUUUAGGCACAAUAAUGGGGCAGUAGCUGGAAAAUAAUGUUGCGCCUUCCCUACGCCUGUUUCAUAUAUGCUUGCAUAGAUAUAUUUCAUAUUCAUCUGGAAGACUCCCAUAAAAAAGUAUUUGGCAAAAUUCUCAGACGGUAAUUUGACUAAUGUUACAGGCCAGUCAGAGCUACAAGACAUAUUGAGGUAGUAGGCAUGUGCCACUCCAGAACUACCCUGAGCUCUAUGGGCUAGCACUACCUGUCAGGUGCAAAAAAAUCCAUCCAUCCAUUUUCUAUACCACUUAUCCCGUUCAGGAUCAUGGGGGGCUGGAGCCUAUCCCAGCUGUCAUUGGG